ACCCAUGCACAUUAUGUAUUUAUUUAAUGGGUGCUUGAGGAUUUGUUUGGACGUUUUAUCAGUGGAUAUUUUCAGUUGUAUAUGAUGAUAUCUGGAGUGAUUUUUAAUUCUAAAUGACGACAAGCAUUAAGAUUUGUUUUUUAAGGUUCAAAUCUAAGGCAAAUGAUGUUUACCUCUUCAAAUAGUUUUUGGAAAGUUUGAUAGGCUGAAUAAUCAAUCACAUUUAUUUUUUUAAAGUGUGAUGGAUGGAAAUGCUAAGAGCUCGACAAACUUUCAGGCAAACCCAACACAUAAUGCAUAACACACACCAACAGUUUGUCCCUAGGGUCUGUUCGUAUAUUUUACAUGUAUAUUAUUGUAAUUAAACACUAUUCGGUGCUGCCUUUAGUGCGCUAAAUUUUGAUAUUUACUAGUUUUUAUAGGAAAACAUGAAUAAAGUAAUAAACACUCGUUAACAGAAACGGAUUUUACUCACAUUUUCUUGUGUUCUCAUGACCGGCCUAACUGAAACGAUUUUUUUAGAAUGUCCUAAUGCGGCAUCCGUAUUCACGUUGCACGCAUAAGCUCUAGAGACAACAAGCAAUUUUUCUGCUGUUAUUUACGCCUUUUCAAAUGCAACAUUAUUUCUAAAGAGUUUAGGUUAAUCAUCGUAGAACAUUUAAACAGAUUUAAAGCUCGUCCGAUUUCGGUUACGUUGUCGAUUAAGUUAACGUUAGCCGAUGUCGUUUAGUAAUAUUGUUUAGUUGGUUGCGCAUGCACAUAAAAACUUGCACUUAUAAAAUGUAUUAUUUCCGUUUCAAAUACGUUUGUUAAUUUGAUCUACAGCAUGUUAAAUGUUAAGGAAGAGUAGUUUUAGUCUCUAAUUUGUCCAGUUUCAAACUCUCCGCCAUGUUUCCAGAGUUAAACAGUAUUCUUAGUUCCAGCCCAGACAGUUUCAGAUCUGGUGACUUCAUCGUGCUGUCUGACAGACAAGCUGAUGCUUCAUUUCUCAUUCAUCACUAUCUGUCGUUCUACUUACGUGCUGGUUGUAAGGUGUGCUUUCUGGGUCUCGUGCAAUCUUUCAGCCACUACAGUGCUGUCAGUCAGAGGCUGGGUGUGAGUCUAACCCAGGCCAGAGAGAAAGGGCAGCUAGUAUUUCUCGAAGGAUUGAAGGACUCCAUUGGAGUUCUAUCACAAGAGGAAAGCAGCCAGAGCAAACUACCUUUGAGUUAUCUCAGGUCCCCAGGUGCUGGACUGGAAUGUCUUUUCAAAUUUGUGGAAAGUUCUGUGAGUCAGAAUACAGAAAAUGAAGAUGGUGAAAAAUGGGGUCCUCCGGUAUUACUCAUAGAUGAUCUAAGUGUACUCCUUACCUUAGGUGUCAGUGCUGGAGCAAUACUAGACUUCACCCUCUACUGCCAAGCCACCAUCUGUUCUGAGUUACAGGGUAAUAUAGGGAUACUGGUGAGACGUGAGGAAGAGGAUGUAGAGGAUGAAGGUUCAAACCUGCUUCAGAAGGGACUAAUUCAUCAGUGCAGUUUGGCACUACAUGUAGAGGGGCUGCCCACAGGUUACUGCAGGGACAUACAUGGACAGAUGGAGGUGUGGUGGAGAUCGAGAGAAGAUGCCAUGUACAAUCAAAGAAAAGUUUUUCAUUAUAAAGUCCACGAUAAAGGAGCAUCAUUUUUUGCUCGAGGCACUUCUAGUGCUCUUCUCUGACAAUUUUCAAAUAAAAGGCUUCUCUUCAAUUUUUACACUAAAUCAAUGUCGUUAUUUUGUUUUGUGUCCAUAAAUUCAUUUAAAACAUC